UGCGACAAUUCUCAAGAAAAGCUCGACUCACAUGAACAUGCGACGGCGCGCCAUCGAGUGCAUCUUCUAGCACAAGCAUGGACCUUCCCAUCGAGCAGGCCAGCCAGCGCAAACGUAAACGUGGGCAUCGUGCACCGCGUGCCUCCAAAGCUGCUGCACAAACCACAAAGCGACUCUUCAUCUCUGGCAUUGCACCAAGUCUGUCCACCACCGAUCUCGAGACGCGUCUGGCUACGUAUGGCGAGCUAGUGACUCCUUUGCAACGAUGUAGCAAGUCUCUCGAUCAGCCACGAGCCUUUGCGCAUUGCACCAUUCGCUUCCCUGCGGCUCAACAGGCGCAAAAGGGCGAUAGCUGGGCAAAGUUGCGCAAAUUGUCUGGCACGGUCUUGAAGGGCUCCAAGCUCCUGAUUGAAGAAGCCAAACCUGACUGGGAAUCCAGGAGACGUCAGGAUCUAGCGCGUGCUGAACCCAAAGUGCCCAAACCACGGCAGCGCCUACCAAAGCCUGCGACGGCGGCAGCGAAACGGGAUACGGUGCUACUAGGUGUUGCUUGUCGACGUGCACGAGAAAACAAGGUCGUGCAUGAUCAUGAACUGAAGAAGGGACGGAAACGCGGAUGGAUCAAGGGCAAGUAUGGGCGUGCUAUCUGCGUAUUAAAGCAAGACGUCCCGCCUGGUAGAAAGGGCAAAGAAAGCGGCAAGCCUGCCGUACUCAAACCUACAGACCCUGAAGCCAUACAGAAACUCUGGGGAGUCUUGCAUCGUAAGUCUGAUCAAUUGACCGGGUACUACGAUAGCGACGACGAGACGUGGCAUGAUCGACGUGGGAGGAUUAUUCACGAGCAAGAAAUCACAUUACGAAAACCACGCAUUGCCGAUCAGAAUGGUGGAAUUGGUGGGCGAGUCGAGAUUUGGGAUGAUGAAGAAGAGGGACAAGCCUCUGUGCAGACGGGUCGGAUGGGUCUUGUCAAUGAAGACGCCUAUACCACAGCUGGUUCUGCACGGCCUGACUAUACACCGGCAGAUGCAGCUGCAGAGGAGAUGGAAAUUGACGAGUCGGCAUUAGACGAUCAGCUUGCAACGGAGAAGACUCUUGCGCAAUCACUCCUGGCCGAUAUGUUUGGCGCUCAGCCAGAGACUGUUCCUCAAAAGGCACAAGUCGAUCCGGCACUCAAGGAACAUGAUGUGGCGGAUGCGCAGCGUGAUCUGAAAUCCUUAUUCAAACCAACAGAUGCCGCUGCAAGCUUUGCGCUGUUUGAUGCCGGCGAUGAGUCUGAUGAAGACACACUCAUGCCGCUGCAGCAGACAGAAACUCAAUUGACGGCAUACGCCACGGACGACCACUAUGGAAGUGCCAACAAAGUGCAGCUUGGCAAAGACCGCGGCUUUGGCGACUUGCGAGGACAUGCAGCAACCACGAGCAAGCAUGCGUCUGUAUUCCCAAACAAGUCUGCUGCUUGGCCGCUCCUCUUUGUGGCUCCAGCAGACAGUCCAGUCUCCAGUGCGCUCCUUGCAGGCUUCCCAAACUUUUUCCCUCAAGUGUUGCCAGAUGCAGCCAAGUUGGCAGCAGACUGGGAGGCGUCGCGUCAGGAAGCUACUCGUGAUUGGAAGAGGAAAAGGAGGGAAGGUGCGAAACGGCUGCGGAAGAGUGCUGCAGCUGCUGCGAGCGCUCCACGGGCCGUGCAAUCGUGAGCAACUCUGUUCUGCUAAAAUGCCCAUGGCUCUUCAAAUAGUGCAUCGUACA